AUGUCACGCACAGCAGCUCUCUCCUCUUUCGUCGACAGCGCGCCGCCUGGUGAGCUUGUCGAAGUUACCAAGGCGAUCAAGUCAAUCCUCGGCGAUGAAUCAGUCCAGAACGAACUCUCGCCCGCCUUCCAAAAGUACAACGAGGAGCAGUACACCACAACGAAGCUUCCAGGUGGCAGCACCGAAGUUCUAGUCAGCGAAUACAACUCGUUAGGAGACGGCAGAUACUACGACAUCGAUACACAGAGCUCCUUUGACUUUGACCAUGCGACUGGCAAGGCAAGCGCAGUCCAGAGCUACGUUGUUGAGAGCGCGCAUGAGGAUCUCCUGAAGAGCCUCAACAAGUCCCUCAGCACCCACGCCUCAGAACACUACCCCAAAUCCUCCCACGGCGUCUUCCCCGUUCCUUCGUCCCCCUCUUCCCUCGCCAUCAUCACUGUCGCAAACAAGUACUCCCCCACAAACUACUGGAACGGCCGCUGGCGCAGCUCCUACAUCUACGACACCUCCUCCGGCUCCAUCUCCGGCAGCAUAAAAGUUGACGUGCACUACUACGAAGACGGAAACGUGCGUCUGCUCACCACCAAGGAGGUCAACCUGAGUGCUGGUGGCAGUGCAAAUGGAACCGAGAUCAUGAGGAAGAUUGCUGCCGAGGAGAAGAAGUACCAGGAGGAUCUCAACAAGGCGUUUGGCAGUCUGAGUGAGGGCGCUUUCAAGGCUCUGAGGAGACAAUUGCCGAUUACGAGGCAGAAGAUUGAGUGGGAGAAGAUCAGUGGAUAUAGGUUGGGCCAGGACAUUGGUGGUGGAAGGAGGUGA